GGCCUAUAGGGCAAACUUCAUUGCAGAGUCAUGAGUCAUAAGAACCUUUGCAGAACCGGCCAGGCGCACUAUAAAUUCAUCCUACCCUUCAUGUGAACUGCAGAAACCUUGGAGACACCCAGAGCAGCAGUAUUUCUUCCCACACCAAACAAGCUUCAGGACAAUGGAUACAUUGAAUAAAGCAAACACAAGCUUUGCUCUUGACUUUUUCAAACAGCAAUUGCAGGAAGAUGGGGACAAGAAUAUUUUGUUCUCUCCGUGGAGUAUUUCAUCUGCCCUGGCUACUGUUUAUUUGGGAGCCAAAGGUAACACUGCAGAUCAGAUGGCAAAGGUACUUCACUUCAACAAAGCUGAAGAAACCAAAAAUGUCACCACAACCAUAAGAAUGCAGGUCUAUGCCAGAACAGAAGAGAGUCUAUCAAAUCGACGUGCAUGUUUCCAAAAGACAGAGAUUGGCAAGUCAGAUAAUAUCCAUACUGGAUUUAAAGCACUCAGCUUUGAAAUCAACCAACCCACUAUAAACUACCUACUUAAAAGUGUCAACCAGCUAUAUGGAGAAAAAUCACUGCCUUUCAGUAAGGAAUAUUUAUUUUUAGCCAAGAGAUAUUACGGUGCAGAGCCACAAUCAGUCAACUUUGUGGGAGCAGCAGAUGCAAUCAGGAGAGACAUAAAUUCCAGUGUUGAACAAGAGACUGAAGGUAAAAUCCAGAAUCUGCUGCCUCCUGGAUCCGUGGAUUCACUCACCAGGCUAGUCCUGAUAAAUGCACUCUACUUCAAAGGAAACUGGGCAACAAAGUUUGAAGCUGCGGCUACCAGGCAAAGGCCUUUCAGAAUAAACAUGCAUACAACUAAACCAGUGCCCAUGAUGUACCUGAGGGAUAAAUUUAACUUAAACUACAUAGAAUCAGUUCAGGCUGAUGUUCUUGAGCUUCCAUAUGUCAAUAACGACCUCAGCAUGUUCAUCCUGCUACCGAGUGACAUCUCUGGCUUACAAAAGCUAGAAAGAGAAUUGACUUUUGAAAACUUGUCUGCAUGGACAAAUCCAGAACUAAUGGAGAAAAUGAACAUGGAAGUUUAUCUGCCCAGGUUCACAUUAGAAGAGAAAUAUGACCUCAAAUCUACUUUGAGCAGGAUGGGGAUAAAAGAUGCCUUCACAGAAGGUCAAGCUGAUUUCACAGCAAUGUCCAAGACUGGUGAUCUGUUUUUGUCACAAGUUUUCCACAAGUGUUACCUGGAAGUCAAUGAAGAAGGCACAGAGGCAGCAGCUGCCAGUUCAGCAACACUGGCAUCACGAAGUCUUGGUGCUACUAUCAUCUUUUUGGCAGAUCACCCUUUCCUUUUCUUUAUCAGGCACAACAAGACCAAGACUAUCCUCUUCUUGGGAAGGUUUUCUUCCCCCUAGAAACUCAAUUACUAAACAGGUUAUUGCAACAACAAAAGUGAACUAAACAUACCACAAGCAACAUCUCAAUAGCCUGUGCACUUCUUAAUUUUCCUGUACUGUUGACAAAUCUCUCAAUGUUAGAAGAGAGUAUUUAUUAAAAAUAACCUCAAAUUUAUGCCUUUGGCUCAUUUUCCUGGCCAAAUAACCCCAAAAUGCUAGCACUACAUGCUAAGUACCAAAUUGUGCAAAGAAGAACAUUACUAUGUCUUUUUAGCACUUCCUGCACCAGAAUUUCCACAAUUCAGAACAGACUGCGUUGAGCUCAACCAGUAAUUUCAAAGUUUUGAUACCUAAGAAGACGAAAACCCAGGAAAAUCACCUUGCAGAAUGCGGCUGCAUCUCCAUUGGUUUCAGCUCAUGCUGAUCCCCAAGGCAGGCUACUCAUCCACAUUCUUGUCAGUUUUUUACCAACUCUGCAGCCUGGUAGAACUGGCAAUGAAAUAAACCUGCAAAACCA